UUAUAGUCGCCACUGCAACGAAAACUCUGCUUCUCUCAAAGUCUGUUGUGUUUACUCAUAAACCCACUGUCUCUCUCUCUAUCUCUCGAUAUUUUUGGCUUCCAAUACCUCAAGAAACCCACCAUCUUCUUCUUUGCCUUCCCUCUGUUUGAUCAAUCAAGAUUUGAUUCCUUUUGUUCUCUUGACAAGAAAGAUUGAGGAUUUUUCAAGAAAUCAGAGUGAUUUCUUGUUUUUUCCUAUUUUGGUUUUUAUUUCUCUGUUAGUUCUGUUGAUUCCUGCUUCAUAUUCUUGGUUUUUUCCUUUUUUCUAACCCUUGUUGAUUUUAAAAGGGAUUCUCUCCUCUUCUUUCAUCACAGUUUGUUUUGGGGUUUGAGGGCUGUCUCUUAAAUUCUUGAAAGGGUUGUUCCUGUGUCUUUUUGACAGAUUUCUGAGUCAUCCUUGUCUUGGGUUUAUCUCUCCACAAGUAGCAAUCUUUUCCUUCACAGCUGCUCACCUUUUUCUUUCUCUUUAUUUGGCUCUCCUUUUCUCUCUCUCUAUGCAGUUAGGGAGGCUUUGGAAGAGAUAAUUAGAAGAGAGAAAGGAUAAAUCCCAGAAAAGAUGAUAGACCAGAGUAUCCUAUGUCCCAUAAAAUACACUGAACACAAAAAAGUUACAAAACAAUUCACAAAGCCAUCCUUAAAGCCUAAAAAGUUACCCUCCGAUGACCGGUGCCGCUUACUAGAACCAUCAAACCCACAACCAAGGCUCGUCAGAGUAACAGUUACCGACCAUGAUGCCACAGACUCUUCUAGUGAUGAGGAGGGAGGGUUGUUUGGCCGGCAAAGGGUGAAAAGAUACGUGAACGAGAUUAACAUCCAAGCCAGCUGCAAAGAAACUAAUGCCAUUACUACUGCUGUUGCCAAUAGCCGGAAAAGAGGUGUCGGUGAUAUUCCUCAACGGCCAGCGAAAAAAUCUGCUCCUCAAUCAACUAACAAUGGCAGAAAGUUCCGUGGCGUUCGGCAAAGGCCUUGGGGUAAAUGGGCUGCAGAGAUUAGAGAUCCUGCUAGACGUCAGAGGUUAUGGUUAGGGACUUACGACACCGCUGAGGAGGCUGCAAGAGUGUAUGAUAAUGCGGCCAUCAAGCUUCGAGGGCCGGAUGCUUUAACAAACUUCAUCACACCGCCUAGUAGGGAGGAGGAGCAAGAACAAGAGAAAAGUACGGUGGAAGAACGAGAAGGAGAAGAAAAGAAGAAGCCGGAAAUCAAUGUCGACACAGUUUCUGGCUCCGGUUAUGAAUCUGCUGAUGAGUCUCACAGCCUGUCAUCACCAAAAUCUGUGCUCACGUUCAGAUUACCUUCGGCUGAAUCACACAAACCACCGGCCCAUCCCUUCCAUGAAGUUGAAAAGGAGCCAAGUUAUCAAGACAAUCAAGAAGCGUUCGGGGAGAGCAACUCGACUGACUAUUUACCACUAGACGCGCCGUUUCUUGAUGAUUUUUUCAAUUUUGGAACCUCAGGGCCUACACUCUUUGAUGAUCAAGUUAUGGCGACGGCGACAACAUCGGUUUUUGAGGAGAGCUUUAUGUCUAAUCAAGAUUUUGGUGACAUAUUUCUUGACCCACUUCAAGAUUUUAGCUCACUAUCAUCGGUCUGCCAGGAGGAUGAUGAUUUCUUCCAUUUCUUAAACUCGGAACCUCUUGCGGCACUUUGACGUCGAUGCCGUCGGUUAAUUAAGUGCCAUUUCACGGCAAAUUUUGUACGGUGGUAACUGUUCUGGCCAAUUUUGGUGUUAAUUAGUAUUAGUAGUAAUAUUAUAUUUAUUUAUUUAAAUAUCUCCGUUAAAACCAACGGAGGACCGAGUGAAAGUCAUCCAAGAUUUUGUACUCUGUUAGAGAAAUAAUUAAGAGGCCGGUUAAGUGUGUAAAAUUUAAGUUAGCAAUGGAAAGCUACAAGUUAUUUUCCUUA